UAUCAAAUACCCAUGAAACCACAUAAUAAUUAAGCAUACAUAACCACAUUCACUGUUAAUACCUUGGGGAAACUAAGUUAUGGAGAGCCAUUCCAAAAUUUAUUAACCUCUCAUUACUACUACAAGAAGAUUGGUUUUGGUUUCCCCUCACAAAAAACUUACCAACCUCACAGUAUGGAUAGUGAUGAGGAUUUAUUGCCUGAAACUGCUGAUCUGAACAAAAUUGAAGAAGGGCUGUACUUAGGAAACAUAACUGCUGCUCUGGAUACAGAAAUCUUGAAGAAAUAUCGCAUCUCACACAUUCUCACUGUGGAUUCCAAGCCUCUCCCUACAAAUAUCACUUAUAUUCCAGGCAUGAAUUUUUUGUAUAUUGAAGUGGAUGAUAUGGAAAAUGAAGAUCUUUUAGCCCAUUUUGAAGAAGCAAAUGCAUUCAUAGAAGAUGGCCAAGAAAAAGGCAGUGUUCUUGUUCAUUGUUUCUUUGGAGUUUCAAGAAGUGCGACAUUAGUUAUGUCACACCUUAUGAAGAAACACAAGUUAACUCUAGAUGAGGCAUUUGAAAGGGUAAAAGCUAAAAGGCGAUGUGUAGGUCCCAAUUCAGGAUUCUUGAAGCAGCUUUUAGCUUAUCAAAAUAUGCAUUGGAGUGUUGUUGAAGACAACAUACAGUACAGGUUGUAUAGGUUAGCAGGGGCUGCUUUUUCUAUGAGAUCAACCUUUUCUGUUACCAAACAUGGGACUGUACAAUUCCGAGAAAAAUUCCAAGAUUUAAUUCAGCCUGAUCCUAGAAUAACAUCAUCAGAAAGUGAUCCUGUUGCUCUGAGAUGUAAAAGAUGCAGGUCAGCAUUGGUGCAAAAAGGUUCCAUGUUACCACACUGUCCAGGGGAGAGUCCAGGAUGGUGUGAUGGAAAGUGGUCAGGGAGAUUUGAAAAAUUUUCAUUAUGCAUGGAAGGCAUAUAUACACUUCCAAUUGCCUGGAUGGGGGACAUAACAAGUCAGUUAGAGGGAAAGCUUGGAUGUCCCAAGUGCCAGGCUAAAGUUGGCUCUUAUAGCUGGGUUUCAGGUCAUCGAUGUCCUUGUGGAGCCAAUAUUAAACCUGCUUUCCAUUUUGUCCCUUCAAAAGUUGACAGAUGUUCAUAAAGUGUUAUCAUAUUAACAAUAAAUAUUUAAUCUAC